ACUCUUGAGGUUGUCCAUUUGGGCCGUAAUUUGUCCAAGCCCAUGGCAAUAUGACUUGCUUGCCGGACCUGGUUUGCCAAGUCCAGAUCGGCCCAUACUCCGGCCUUUCAGCUCAUCGACGUUUUCGUCGACCCCGAAGAGGCGACUCCUUCGGUUGUUCCCCACUGCCCCCCGUCGAGGCUUGGAGAUCUCAUGGUAGUAUGGUACCCGAUUCCACCUCCCCGCUGCAGAGAAACAAGCAGCCGGCGAAGCAGAUGAGAGGGACGAGUGCUGCCUCGCAUCGGCCGACCAAGCCAUCGCCACCAUCCCACGCUACGGGACGCUUCACUCUGAGUCCGACCAGCCCAUUCGCGUCGUCGCUGCUGCUCUUACUCACCGCCUCCGCCGCCGCCGUGUUCCUCUACUCCCUGACCGCCGCCCGCUCAUACGAGUCCCGCGGAGAGGUUCCGUCCCUCUCCUCCCCGACGGUGGAGACCAUCGAGGGCGCGCGCGCCAUCUGGGAGCUACCCGCCGCGGCGCCGGCCAGGGCGGUCCUCUUCGUCGCCCACGGCUGCCGCUGCCGCCCGGAGAACUUCUGGCCGCGGUCCCCGCGCUGCCCGGGGUGCGUCGGCCUGCCGGAGGACGUCGCCAUCACGGACCUCGCGCUGCGGAGGCGGUUCGCGGUGCUGGCCGUUACGAGCGCCAGGGAGUGCUGGUCGCUGGGGAAGGAGGUCAGUGCCGCCAAGCGGGUGAUCCGGUCCUGGGCAGCCAAGAACGGGCUUGAAGGCCUGCCGGUAGUCGCCCUCGGCGCUUCCUCCGGCGGGUACUUCGUGUCCAGGCUGGCGGGCAAGAUGAGCCUCGCCGCCGUCGUGAUUAUGAUCGCCGAGGGCGCGUUCGGCGGCUCAGCCGGCGCGCUGCCGGCGGUUUACCCGCCCGCGAUGUUCAUCCACAUGCCGAAAGAUAAGCGGAGGGCAGCGCUGGUGGAUAAGAAUUCGAAGAUGCUGAUGAAGAAUGGCGUUGAGGUGAAGGAGCUCCAGAGCCUUGAGCUCCCUUUGACGCCUACGCUGCUUUCCGAGAGGAUACCAGGGCUGAACCGCGGGCUAUCAGAAAGGAUCUGGACAGUGUUCAGGGAAGAAGGUUUCGUUGAUGAGAAAGGAUACAUGAAGGAGGAUGGCCGGGGAACGCCAUGGAAGGAUGCAUUGGUCAAGAGGGGCUUCUGGAAAGAGGUGUCUGCGUUGGCUGAUCACAUCCAGGAAGAACUGAAUCUUGCUUAUGGGUACCACGAGAUGACGAGCUUACAAGCUGAUGAGAUGUUUGAUUGGGUUGAGAAGCACUUGAGAUGAGGAGGCUAUGGUUGAUCAUUUCAGCAUUGGUGCAGCUUCAGCUCUUUAUGAAAAAUUAAACUAGUUGUAGGAUUGAAGGGGAGUGCAAAUCAUGAACUGGUGAACACAGAAGACACGCACAAGCACAACAUAUUCAUUCUAACUUUCGGAUGAGCUGACUUCAUGAUGUGAAAUGUGUACACUACUAUCAGCUUGCCCUUGAGCAAUGGAUUUUUCUCUGAUAUGCAAUGUCAAACUCUCAGUUAAUCAAGAUGAGAUUUUGCACAAAAAUGUUCUUGUUUGUAAAUGAAUAAUCACAUUCAGGAUCAUCUUUAAAAAAAAAAUUAAAAAAAGAGUUGAGGAUAAGACCCUGCAUUCAUGCUAGCUAGAAAUAGCUUUUUGAUCUGUGGAAUUUGUUUUCCAUUCUGAACUCUCCCUUUCAGACACUUGGGUGUACUAUUGUCUCCAUUCUCCAAUGGUCCUAAUAAAUCUGCACUGUUCAUUUCA